UUUCUCACCCCUCUGCCCACAGCUUCUACACCACCAUAGCUGGUUUUUAUUUCUUGAAUCGGUUCUUUCUCCAUGGCGGUCCGGCGUCACUUUGUGCGUCUCAUGAGCCCUGCUCUGUUGCUAUUGGUAUUUCUACUGUUUUUCCAAGCUAUAGGUGGCGGCCGUGCUCUCAGGCUGGACCCGUGGGAGUCCCGGAUUCGAAUGCCCACGCAGGAGGAUGAUGAACCGGAAGAAGCCGGCACGAGAUGGGCCGUUCUCGUGGCCGGUUCGUCCGGCUAUGGAAAUUAUAGGCAUCAGGCUGACGUAUGCCAUGCAUAUCAGCUGCUGAGAAAAGGUGGGGUGAAGGAGAAAAACAUAGUGGUGUUUAUGUACGAUGAUAUUGCUGCACACGAAUUGAAUCCCAGGCCGGGAGUCAUCAUCAACCAUCCGCAAGGUGAUGACGUGUACGCUGGAGUGCCGAAGGAUUACACUGGUGAGAAUGUAACUGCAGAAAAUCUGUUUGCUGUACUUCUUGGUAACAAAAAAGCAUUGAAAGGUGGAAGUGGGAAGGUUGUAGAUAGCAAACCCAAUGACAGGAUCUUUUUGUACUACUCUGAUCAUGGAGGCCCUGGUGUUUUAGGGAUGCCAAAUAUGCCUUUCCUUUUUGCGAUGGAUUUUAUAGAGGUUUUGAAGAAGAAACAUGCAUCUGGAACCUACAAAGAGAUGGUUAUUUAUGUUGAAGCAUGCGAGAGUGGGAGCGUCUUUGAAGGCAUAAUGCCCAAAGAUCUAAACAUUUAUGUGACGACGGCAUCGAAUGCACAAGAGAGUAGCUAUGGAACUUAUUGUCCUGGGAUGGAACCUUCUCCACCUCCAGAGUACAUCACUUGCUUGGGGGACUUAUAUAGUGUAGCUUGGUUGGAAGACAGUGAGACACACAAUCUCAAAAAGGAAACAGUACAACAACAAUAUCAAUGGGUAAAGAAGCGAACUUCCAAUUUCAACAAUUACAAUGCUGGCUCCCAUGUGAUGCAAUAUGGAAAUGAAAGCAUCAAAGCUGAGAAGCUUUAUUUAUACCAAGGUUUCGACCCUGCCACUGUGAACUUCCCUCCAAAUGGCCCCCUUGAUAUGCCCAUGGAAGUUGUGAACCAGAGAGAUGCAGAGCUUUUCUUCCUGUGGCAGUUGUACAAAAAAUCAGAAAAUGGGUCGGAGAAGAAGAGAGAAAUCCUGAAGCAGAUAACAGAGACAAAGAGACACAGAGAUCACUUAGAUGGCAGCAUGGAUUUGAUUGGAACAUUCCUAUAUGGACCUCAAAGAGGUUCGUUCAUCCUUAAUUCUGUGAGAGAAUCUGGUAUGCCUCUUGUUGAUGACUGGGGAUGCUUGAAGUCAACGGUUCGGUUGUUUGAAACAUAUUGUGGGUCUUUGACACAAUAUGGCAUGAAACACAUGCGUGCUUUCGCCAACAUUUGCAAUAGUGGUGUUUCUCAGGCGGUAGUGGAGGAAGCUUGUAUGGAUGCUUGUAAUGGCAGUGACCGGGGCGACCACUUGCAUCCUUCCAAUCGAGGUUAUAGUGCUUGAUUUCAGGAUAAAUGGCAGUCUUAGAUAUGUGAUAGAAAGUGCUACACUUUCAAAAAUGAUAGUUAUGCUUGGUUUUUUUUUUCUCUUUUAUAGUAUAUGUACAUUGUGAAUAAUGCUAUAUAGCACGCUCCUAUUUUACCUUAUUUCAUUAGGUUUAUGUAAUAUGAAUCAAUCUUGGUUUUAAAAGAAAAUUUCAAAGGA